GAAGAUCCCUCCUGGCUCCUUCAUCCAGAGGACUGGCCAUCUGUUAGCACGAUGCCAGGCAAACCUGCGCCCAUCAAGAAGUCCCCAGCCAAGAAGGAGGCCAAGAAGGCACCUGAGCCCGCCCCGGAGCCUGAACCGGCUCCCGUAGCGGCUCCACCUGCCGAGGCUGCACCUGUGGACGCUGCCCCGGCUGAGGCCGCUCCUGCAGCCCCCGCUGCCCCAGCAGAGGACACCCCCGCUGCUGAAGGAGGUGCUCCAGCUGCUACUCCUGCUGCUGACGAUGAUGCUCCCGCUGCAGACGCUCUCGCUGCAGACGCUCCUGCUGCAGACGCUCCUGCUGCAGAUGCUCCCGCUGUAGACGCUCCCGCAGAUGCAGAAGCUGCUGUAGUUGACGAGCCGCUAAAGGCCCCCACGCCCCCACCUCCUGCAGCCCCCACCAGCGCUCCUCUGGAUGUAUCUGUGGAUGAUGUGAACGACUCCAGCCUCACCAUUAAAUGGAACGAGCCACAGACUAUCGGAGACUCAGGCCUGGACGGAUACACCAUCGAGUACUGCAAGGAUGGAACAACAGACUGGAUUGCAGCUCAAAAGGAGCUGACCCCAGCUAGCCGCUACUGCAUCCAUAAUCUGACAGCCGGUGACCUGCUGCAUGUGCGCGUGGUGGCUGUAAACCCCGGUGGCCGGAGUGAACCUGGUACACUUGCUGAGCCUGUGCCCAUCCGUGAGAUUGGUGCCCGUCCCAGGAUUCGCAUACCCCGCGCUCUCAGAAUACGCACUGUCAAGCAGGUUGGAGAGCAGAUCAACCUGGUCAUCCCCUUUCUUGGAAAGCCUAAACCUGUGGUGUCCUGGCUAAAGGACGGUGAGCCUGUGGAUACAAAAAAGGUCAACAUCCGGAACAGUGACAAGGACAGCAUCAUUUUUAUCCGCAACGCUCAGAGGGAGGACACCGGUGUUUACGAGAUGACGGUUAAAGUGGACAGCUUUGAAGACAAAGCCUCCAUCGCCCUUCAGAUUGUGGAGCGGCCCGGCAAUCCUGCCAGUGUGAAGCUGGUGGAUGCCUGGGGCUUCAACGCAGCUCUGGAAUGGACCCCUCCCAAGGAUAAUGGCAACACAGAGAUCACUGGAUACACCAUCCAGAAGGCAGACAGGAAGACCGGGGAAUGGUUCUCGGUGCUGGAGCACUACCACAGGCUAACUGCCACCAUCUCAGACCUCAUCAUGGGAAACGUGUACUCCUUCAGAGUGUUCGCUGAGAACCAAGUGGGCAUCAGUGAGAUGAGCACUGUCACCAAGGGGGUGGCCACCAUCCAGAAGACAGGUAUUGUCUACAAGCCUCCUCAGUACCCUGAGCGUGACUACAACGAGGCACCCAAGUUCACUACACCCCUCAGCGACCACGCUGCCACUGUGGGAUACACCACCAGGCUGCUGUGUUCAGUCCGUGGAUGCCCCAAGCCUAAGAUCGAGUGGUUGAAGAAUCUGAUGGUCAUCGGGGACGAUCCCAAGUAUCGUAAGCUCUCUAACCAGGGCAUCUGCUCCCUCGAGAUCCGUAAGCCCUGCGGCUUCGAUGGCGGUAUAUACACCUGCAGAGCCAAGAACGCCCAGGGAGAGGCCGCUGUCUCCUGCAAGCUGGAGGUCAAACAGGUUAUUCUUCCAGAGUCAGACAAGGGCAAAUAAACCAACAGCGAAACCUACAGAGUCCAGAGUGUUUGAGGAGGUGAGAGAAACGUCGUGGCUGCCUGUGCAGCAGUGUGUACAUAAUGAAGAAAGGGACAGAACAACAUACCAACAUCUCAAUAUCUAUUUCCACCCUUACCCAUCCCGACUCACACACUCCUCCCAGUAUGCACGGAAGACCCACGCCACCCAACCCAUCCCAGUUUGCCAAAUGUUUUAUGGUAUUUUAGUUGGUGACAUGUAUGUAAGGCUAUAUUUAUGAUGUUUUUUUCUGCCUGUGUCCAUGUGCUGUUUGUUACAGUGUAUAUAUAUGUACUACUCAAUAAAACAGUGAACCCUUAGA